GGCUUUGAUAUGCCCACCGGGUUUCUCCAUUGGCCACUUCAUGUGGCUUCUCGCCCCUUCCAAGAUUCCCAACCAAUCAUCUCUUUCCCUCCUCCCGUUGGGCUUUGAGGAAUGUACCAUAUGGACUCUGCGGGGGGACGGAGAGGACGAAGGGCGAGGCGACAGCUUAUUUCUUUGCCUUUUGCACAUAUCUCUUGAGAUUCUGGCAAGACUGAGCGUGCAGGUAGCAAUGGAGUCCCUGAGGACGGGGUCCACGUGCCAGUUUUCGAGAUGCACUGAGAUAUCUCGCCCCCGAGGCUAGGGUCCUGUGGUCCGGCCCGAGGGCCACAACCCCCGCCCUUCCAUGUGCCCGCCCAUCCCCCGGCUGCGCCGCCGCUCCGGCUGCUGCUUACCGCGCCGGACGCUCGGGCUGCGGGGCCGGGCUGUACUGGCCGGCCACAGCGACGCCGGCGCCGAGGGACACCGCAGCAUGAGGCAGAGAUUAACGUGACAGUGUCAGGUGGACCCACAGCCAUCCUACCUCCCCCUCUGGGGAGUGCUGAGAGUGCGGCAGCAUGGAGGAGAGGAAGCAUGAGACCAUGAACCCAGCUCAUGUCCUCUUUGACCGGUUUGUCCAGGCCACCACCUGCAAGGGAACCCUCAAGGCCUUCCAGGAGCUCUGUGACCACCUGGAACUGAAGCCAAAGGACUACCGCUCCUUCUAUCACAAGCUCAAGUCCAAGCUUAACUACUGGAAAGCCAAAGCCCUCUGGGCAAAGUUGGACAAACGGGGCAGUCACAAAGACUACAAAAAGGGAAAAGCGUGCACUAACACCAAGUGUCUCAUCAUUGGGGCUGGCCCCUGUGGUCUCCGUACAGCCAUCGACUUAUCCUUACUGGGGGCCAAGGUGGUUGUUAUUGAGAAACGAGAUGCCUUCUCCCGCAACAACGUCCUGCAUCUCUGGCCAUUCACCAUACAUGAUCUACGAGGUCUGGGUGCCAAGAAGUUCUAUGGCAAGUUCUGUGCUGGAGCCAUCGACCAUAUCAGUAUCCGUCAGCUCCAACUAAUACUUUUGAAAGUAGCCUUGAUCCUAGGCAUUGAAAUCCACGUCAACGUGGAAUUCCAAGGACUUAUACAGCCUCCUGAGGACCAAGAGAAUGAACGGAUAGGCUGGCGGGCACUGGUGCACCCCAAGACUCAUCCUGUGUCAGAGUAUGAAUUUGAAGUGAUCAUCGGUGGGGAUGGUCGGAGGAACACCUUGGAAGGGUUUCGUCGGAAAGAAUUCCGUGGCAAACUGGCCAUCGCCAUCACAGCAAAUUUUAUCAACCGAAAUACAACAGCAGAGGCUAAAGUGGAAGAGAUCAGUGGUGUGGCUUUUAUAUUCAACCAAAAAUUUUUCCAGGAACUGAGGGAAGCCACAGGUAUUGACUUGGAGAACAUCGUUUACUACAAAGAUGACACACACUAUUUCGUUAUGACAGCCAAAAAGCAGAGUUUGCUGGACAAAGGAGUGAUACUACAUGACUACGCCGACACAGAGCUCCUGCUUUCCCGAGAAAACGUGGACCAGGAGGCUCUGCUCAGCUAUGCCAGGGAGGCGGCAGACUUCUCUACCCAGCAGCAGCUGCCGUCUCUGGAUUUUGCCAUCAAUCACUAUGGGCAGCCCGAUGUGGCCAUGUUUGACUUCACUUGUAUGUAUGCCUCCGAGAACGCCGCCUUGGUGCGGGAGCAGAACGGACACCAGUUACUAGUGGCUCUGGUCGGGGACAGCCUCCUAGAGCCUUUCUGGCCAAUGGGAACAGGAAUAGCCCGGGGCUUUCUAGCUGCCAUGGACUCUGCCUGGAUGGUCCGAAGUUGGUCUCUAGGAACAAGCCCUUUGGAAGUGCUGGCAGAGAGGGAAAGUAUUUACAGGUUGCUGCCUCAGACCACCCCUGAGAAUGUGAGUAAGAACUUCAGCCAGUAUAGUAUCGACCCCGUCACUCGGUAUCCCAAUAUUAACGUCAACUUCCUCCGGCCAAGCCAGGUGCGCCAUUUAUAUGAUACUGGCGAAACAAAAGAUAUUCACCUGGAAAUGGAGAGCCUGGUGAAUUCCCGAACCACCCCCAAAUUGACUCGCAAUGAGUCUGUAGCUCGUUCAAGCAAACUGCUGGGUUGGUGCCAGAGGCAGACAGAUGGCUAUGCAGGGGUAAACGUGACAGAUCUCACCAUGUCCUGGAAAAGUGGCUUGGCCCUUUGUGCAAUUAUCCAUAGAUACCGCCCUGACCUGAUAGAUUUUGAUUCUUUGGAUGAGCAAAAUGUGGAGAAGAAUAACCAACUGGCCUUUGACAUUGCUGAGAAGGAAUUGGGCAUUUCUCCCAUCAUGACAGGCAAAGAAAUGGCCUCCGUGGGGGAGCCUGAUAAGCUGUCCAUGGUGAUGUACCUGACUCAGUUCUACGAGAUGUUUAAGGACUCCCUCCCCUCUAGCGACACCUUGGACCUAAAUGCCGAGGAGAAAGCAGUCCUGAUAGCCAGCACAAGAUCCCCUAUCUCCUUCCUCAGCAAACUUGGCCAGACCAUCUCUCGGAAGCGUUCUCCCAAGGAUAAAAAGGAAAAGGACUUGGAUGGUGCUGGGAAGAGGAGAAAGACCAGUCAAUCAGAGGAGGAGGAAGCUCCUCGGGGCCACAGAGGAGAAAGACCGACUCUGGUGAGCACUCUGACAGACAGGAGGAUGGACGUUGCCGUUGGAAACCAGAACAAAGUGAAGUACAUGGCGACCCAGCUGCUGGCCAAAUUUGAAGAGAAUGCACCCGCACAGUCCAUUGGCAUACGGAGACAGCCAGAGCCUGAACCACCUCGUCGAUUUUUUGUCGACCAGUGGGAGCUUUCUCUUAGUCUCCGCUCCUCUGCCCGCCCCGCCUCUCCCUCCUCCGACUCCCUCCGACAGAAGUAUAUAAAGAUGUACACGGGCGGAGUGAGCUCAUUGGCUGAGCAGAUAGCCAAUCAGCUUCAAAGGAAAGAACCACCCAAAGCCCUUCUAGACAAGAAGGAACUGGGCUCCAUGAAGAAGGAGUUCCCGCAGAACCUGGGAGGCAGCGACACGUGCUACUUCUGCCAGAAGCGGGUCUACGUGAUGGAGAGGCUGAGUGCCGAGGGCAAGUUCUUCCACCGGAGCUGCUUCAAGUGCGAAUACUGCGCCACCACCCUGCGCCUCUCGGCCUACGCCUACGACAUCGAGGAUGGUAAAUUCUACUGUAAGCCACACUACUGCUAUCGACUCUCUGGCUACGCACAAAGGAAGAGACCAGCGGUGGCUCCCCUGUCUGGAAAGGAGGCCAAAGGACCCCUGCAGGAUGGCGCCAGCACAGACGCAAACGGACGGGCCAACACCAUGGCCAGCUCAACUGAGAGAACCCCAGGUUCAGGCGUGAACGGCCUGGAGGACCCCAGCAUCGCCAAGCGGCUGAGGGGCACCCCAGAGCGGAUCGAGCUGGAGAACUACCGCCUGUCCCUGAGGCAGGCUGAGGCGCUGCAAGAGGUACCCGAGGAGACUCAGGCCGAGCACAACCUGAGCAGCGUGCUGGACACGGGUGCCGAAGAGGACGUCGCCAGCAGUAGUUCCGAGUCUGAGAUGGAGGAGGAGGAAGAGGAGGAGGAGCAGGAGCCUCGCCUGCCCCCGUCUGACCUGGGUGGCGUUCCGUGGAAGGAGGCCGUGCGGAUCCAUGCCCUUCUGAAAGGGAAAAGUGAAGAGGAGCUAGAGGCCUCAAAGAGCUUUGGGCCUGAGAAUGAAGAGGAGGAGGAGGAGGAAGAAUAUGAAGAGGAGGAGGAGGAGGACUAUGACGAGGAGGAGGAAGAGUCCAGUGAAGCCGGGAACCUGAGGCUCCAGCAGGUCAUGCACACGGCGGAUCCUCUGGAGAUCCAGGCUGACGUGCACUGGACUCAUAUCCGUGAGAGAGAGGAGGAAGAGAGGAUGGCGCCGGCCUCUGAGUCCUCUGCUUCCAGAGCCCCAUUGGAUGAGAAUGACCUAGAGGAAGAUGUGGACUCGGAACCAGCCGAGAUAGAAGGGGAGGCAGCAGAGGAUGGGGACCCAGGGGACACUGGUGCUGAGCUGGAUGAUGAUCAGCACUGGUCUGACAGCCCGUCAGAUGCUGACAGAGAGCUGCAUUUGCCACGCCCAGCUGAGGGGGAAGCAGAGCCGGAGCUGAGGGUGUCGGAAGAUGAGGAGAAGCUGCCCACCUCACCGAAGCACCAAGAGAGAGGUCCCUCCCAAGCCACCAGCCCCAUCCGGUCUCCCCAGGAAUCAGCUCUUCUGUUCACUCCAGUCCACAGCCCCUCAACAGAGGGCCCCCAACUCCCACCUGUCCCUGCCGCCACCCAGGAGAAAUCACCGGAGGAGCGCCUUUUCCCUGAGCCUUUGCUCCCCAAAGAGAAGCCCAAAGCUGAUGCCCCCUCGGAUCUGAAAGCUGUGCACUCUCCCAUCCGAUCUCAGCCAGUGGCCCUGCCAGAAGCUAGGACUCCUGUCUCACCAGGGAGCCCCCAGCCCCGGCCACCCGUGGCAGCCUCCACGCCCCCACCCAGCCCACUCCCCAUCUGCUCCCAGCCCCAGCCUUCCACCGAGGCCACUGUCCCGUCCCCUACCCAGUCCCCCAUACGCUUCCAGCCUGCCCCGGCCAAAACAUCCACCCCACUGGCCCCUCUCCCUGUCCAAAGCCAAAGUGACACCAAGGACAGGCUGGGCAGCCCCCUUGCUGUGGACGAGGCCCUCAGACGGAGCGACCUGGUGGAGGAGUUCUGGAUGAAGAGUGCGGAGAUCCGCCGCAGUCUCGGGCUCACACCUGUGGACCGCAGCAAGGGGCCCGAGCCCAGCUUCCCCACGCCUGCCUUCAGGCCAGUGUCCCUCAAAUCCUAUUCCGUUGAAAAGUCCCCCCAGGAUGAGGGACUCCACCUUCUCAAGCCUCUGUCCGUCCCCAAAAGGCUGGGCCUGCCAAAGCCGGAGGGCGAGCCGUUGUCCCUGCCAACCCCCCGGUCCCCCUCCGACAGAGAGCUACGCAGCGCCCAGGAGGAGCGCAGGGAGCCGUCCAGCAGCUCUGGCCUGGGCCUGCACGGGAGCUCCUCCAACAUGAAGACACUGGGCAGCCAGAGCUUCAACACCUCGGACUCCGCCAUGCUCACGCCCCCCUCCAGCCCGCCCCCGCCACCGCCCCCGGGCGAGGAGCCCGCCAGUUUGCGGAGGAAGCUCAGGGAGGCGGAGCCUAACGCCUCGGUGGUCCCGCCGCCCUUGCCCGUCACCUGGAUGCGGCCCCCCCGGGAGCCUGCUCAGCCCGCCAGAGAGGAGGUGCGGAAGUCUUUUGUGGAGAGCGUGGAGGAGAUCCCCUUCGCUGACGACGUGGAGGACACCUACGACGACAAGACUGAGGACUCAAGCCUGCAGGAGAAAUUCUUCACGCCCCCGUCCUGCUGGCCGCGCCCCGAGAAGCCUCCCCACCCGCCCCUGGCCAAGGAGAAUGGGAGGCUGCCUGCUCUGGAGGGGACGCUGCAGCCACAGAAGAGGGGGCUGCCCUUGGUCUCCGCGGAAGCCAAGGAGUUGGCCGAGGAGCGCAUGCGAGCCAGGGAGAAGUCCGUGAAGAGCCAGGCGCUGCGGGAUGCCAUGGCCAGGCAGCUGAGCAGGAUGCAGCAGAUGGAGCUGGCCUCAGGCGCCCCCAGGCCCCGCAAGGCGUCCUCAGCACCCUCCCAGGGCAAGGAGCGCCGGCCCGACUCCCCCACACGCCCCACUCUCAGGGGCUCCGAGGAGCCCACCCUGAAGCAUGAAGCCACCAGCGAGGAGGUCCUCUCCCCGCCGUCGGACUCGGGGGGCCCAGAUGGCUCUUUCACUUCAUCCGAGGGCUCCAGCGGGAAGAGCAAGAAAAGGUCGUCACUCUUCUCUCCACGCAGAAACAAGAAGGAGAAGAAGUCCAAAGGCGAGGGCCGGCCCCCGGAGAAGCCCAGCUCCAACCUCCCGGAGGAAGCCGCCACCAAACCCAAGUCCCUGUGGAAGUCCGUCUUCUCUGGGUACAAGAAGGACAAGAAGAAGAAGGCCAACGACAAGUCCUGCCCCAGCACCCCCUCCAGCGGGGCCACGGUGGACUCCGGCAAGCACAGGGCGCUUCCCGUCGUAAGGGCAGAGCUACAGCUCCGGCGCCAGCUGAGCUUCUCCGAGGACUCAGACCUCUCCAGCGAUGAUGUCCUUGAGAAGUCCUCACAGAAGUCCCGGCGAGAGCCAAGAACCUACACAGAGGAGGAACUGAAUGCCAAGCUGACCCGGCGUGUGCAAAAGGCAGCUCGGAGACAGGCCAAGCAGGAGGAGCUUAAGCGGCUGCAUCGAGCCCAGAUCAUCCAGCGGCAGCUGCAGCAGGUGGAGGAGAGGCAGCGGCGGCUGGAGGAAAGGGGCGUGGCUGUGGAGAAGGCGCUCCGGGGCGAAGCAGUUGAGCCCAGUGGCGGGACUCCACGACGUAGACCUCUCUCCUUCUGCCCUUGCUGUGUCCAGGAAGGCAUGGGCAAGAAGGACGACCCGAAGCUGAUGCAGGAGUGGUUCAAGCUAGUGCAGGAGAAGAACGCCAUGGUGCGCUACGAGUCGGAGCUGAUGAUCUUUGCACGGGAGCUGGAGCUGGAAGACCGGCAGAGCCGACUGCAGCAGGAGCUCCGGGAACGCAUGGCAGUGGAAGAUCACCUUAAGACUGAGGAGGAGCUGUCAGAAGAGAAGCAGAUUCUCAAUGAGAUGCUGGAGGUGGUGGAGCAGAGAGACUCACUGGUGGCGCUGCUGGAGGAGCAGCGGCUCCGGGAAAGAGAGGAGGACAAGGACCUGGAGGCUGCCAUGCUGUCCAAGGGCUUCAGCCUUAACUGGUCCUGAGCUCCCGCCCAACGCUCCAUUUUCUGUUGGCAUCCGCCUGGCCGGGCAGUGGCAUCCAAACCACCCGGAGCCGCUAUCUGAGGAGGCCUGGCACCUCCUUGGAGUUUGCGCUCAGAUGCCCGUGUGCUGCUUGGAAAGUGGUAGAGUCCCACGUGCAGUGGGGAGCCCCAGGUGACAGUGGUUAUCUGAGAUGGCUCCACCUCCUGGGAGGAGGCCCACCUGGACCUCCCGCUCAGAGGAGGAGCACGGCAUGUAUGGCAUGACGCAGGGGACCACCCCACGCGCUCCCUGAGGAUGUGCUGGUUGUGCCCCUUUCUUCCAUUGGCACAUUUGGUAAGAGAGGGAAGCUGCUCCUCGUCAGAACCACAGUGCGCCGCCACAGCGUGCGAGGGGCACUGUCUUCUUCAUGCUCCCUGGAGCACCACCAAAGAAACUUAAUGCCCCACGAAAGCAGGGUCAGGGGUCAGGGUGCUAUCGAGACCCAGGAUGGGGGCGUCCAGUCAUGCCCACCCCAGCAUCAGAGGAGACGUGGAGGGGCGGGCAGGCUCCUGAAUUAUUAUGCAAAUUAGGAGGAUGCAGGAGGGGUCUGCCCUCCAGCCGAACACCACACACUGGACCCUAAGUGGCCAAAUGCCUGGGCCGCUUGCUGGCUGUGGCCUGAGGCUUGUGGGUUGCUGCAUUUUGCUUGUAGUUCACAGCCGUUUUGACACUGGAAAAUGCUGACUUUGGGGGACAGGAUGAGGCCCUGCAUUCUAAGCCCCCAGUUGGCAGACAGGCAUUGUCCCUGUUCCACAUUUAUGUCGGGGCAGGAGAUGACCUUUUCCUCGGUGUUUUUCCUGUGUUUGCACAUUGAAAUGAAGCUGACAACCUGGCAAGAUGCUCAGCCGCUUCAAACCCUUUUUGUCAAUUAACUUAUUUUUUUAAUACUUGAAAAGAAGUAACUUCGUUUGUAUAUCUUUACUAGAGACACUGAUCACCUGCACCCGGGUGCGGGAGCCACAGCGGCAUCUGGUGCGUCCUACGCGACCUGGUCCAGGGCUGCCCGGCGCUCCUCACAUGCAUCUAUUUAUUAGCCUUUCUCUUCGUAUCACUGGCCUGGCUGGCAUCAGGGAGCUGCCCAGAACCCCCAUGUGGGUCCUGCUUACAGCUUUCUGUCCCCUCCUCCACCCGGUGCCAGCCUCACCCUGGCGCUAGACCAUCUGGACCGCUCAUGUGAUGAGGGUGCAUUUCCGUUCUGUUUUGGGACAAGCCAACAGCAGAGCUGCCACUCUCACCCUCCCGAUGAGAAUUCUGGCUGUGCAGAACUGGCCCUUGUCUCAGUUUGGGGGCCAGGGCUUCACUUUCCUCUGCACGUAUGUUAAAGAAGGUUUCAGGAUGGACCCUCGUCUACACUGGCCAAGAGGGUGCAGGGUGGGACCCUGGAAUCAUGUGGCUGGUGAGAAUUCCCUCCUCCCAACCUAAGAUUCACCUAGAUGGAAACGCGAGUGCUGCAGUGGAUGCUGGGAUGCAGGCUGGCCUCUCUCAAGCAGAUCAGCGACUCCCGCCCUUCCUUCUGAAGGCGGCGGGCACCUGCCUUGUGCCGGAUCUUCAUGGGGCCAUAAAGGGUGGCGAGCCCCAAAUCACUAGCUCCUAUAGCCAAACUGUUCCUUUCUCACGGUUCCGCACCAGCCUGGCUGUGUACAGCUCAUCAAGCCACUGAGCUAAUCGGGGUGGGGUGCUUGUCCAUCAAAGCAGUUAGCACAUAGCCCAGCGAGGAGCCAUCCGGACCAGACCCGCCUGCCAGAGGCGGUCCAGCCGCCUGCCACCUCCAUGGGCUGGGGCCAACUGGGAGCAGAGGCCUGGCCCCUCCAAGGCGUCCCGCAGCGGAGCAGGCUGAGUGGCCGUGCUGACCUCGGGCUUUCCAUGGGAACCACACUGUGCCUCAACUUGAACAUUCAUCCCAACUGCAAAGGAGCAAAGAACCUGUGUCAUCCUUGUCUGUCCAGAAGCUGCCAUCUCUCUCCCAUGCACAUCUGGGAGAUAACGCUGCUAGUGGCCGCCACAGCUCUGAUUCUCCACCUGUUCUCACAUGAGGCAAAGAUCUCCUUUUCUUUUCUCUUUACUUAAAAAAGGGGAGAGGAGGGUUUCUAGAUUCCGUCUUCGAACCCCAGUCGUCUCAUAAAAUUGGACGUGGGAAAAGACCUUCAUUGGCCACGUGGCCUUUCCCAGACCUCUCCUCUCGAAUGCCACAAAACUGGUCCAGCCCUGGCAGAGCCGCCUUUGGCCCUUGCAGCUCCUGCUGGCCCCACAACAGGGAAGCAGUUUGCAAAGUGCCUCGGAAGGAGUGUGGCCUAGGGAUCUGCUAUAAGUGGCCGGACGUAGCAGGAGCGCCCAGUGUCACCUUCUGGUCCUGGUCAGCCUUAACACUGUGGCAUCCUCCACAGCACACAUGGCAACGUGCAGUCUGGAAUGCGGACCCGAGCCUUUGCAGAGAGGCGCCACAGAGCCGCAGGCCUGCACAGCAGCCCCAGCCUUCUGCUCCUGACUGUGAGGACACCCAGUUCUAGUAGAGCACUUUUUUUAAAGCUCUCAUUUUGUAACCACUAGUUUGCAGUUGAUCUGAGUACUCUGGUGACUUGCUGAGUGAAGCGUUCUCCAGCUGUGAGAAUAUGUGCAGCUCCAGGCAGGUUUCCCUUGAAGGCAGGGAAGCAGGAUGGAUACACGUAUAUCACACACAUCAAACGGCAGGCAUGGGAGUAGCCCAGACUCAAGGCUGACUAAACUGGAGGCUGAAUACCAUGGAGGUCCACAUGCAGCUUCCCUGGAGGGCAGUCCGGAGGCGCUCCCGCCCUUGGGCUUGAGGAUGCCGCACCCCGUGGGCUUCCAGGCCUGCCCACAUGAUGCCUUCAGGCCUUUGCCCCUGGCGGCCAUCCUCAGGCCGAUUUUGACCAGCAGUGAUAGACUCUUCUUAACCCUUUCAAAAUAAAUUUUUCAGUGGGACAGGAAGGAGAGUUUAAAAACAUUUUUUUAAAGGUAGUAACAUCUGACCCACAAAGGGAAUGGGUCUGUUUUAUGCGAAAUAAAAGUUUUUCAAAUAAA